GCCUCACUUGGGAACACGAUCUCACACUCAUGCAUAAAUAAGUAGACAACAACUAGUUAUUUCAGGGAACGUGUAAAGAGACACAUUUGUGUUCUUCCAAUUCAUUCAAAGCUUACCACAGACAAAAAUUGGAAAAUACAACAUGAACAAAGUUUGGUUCCUUGUCCUUGUGAUCCUCUACGGUGGCUUUUCCUCAAAAGGAAGCAGCAAUGUUUCUACAAGACCAAGUUCCGUUAACAUUGGGGCAAUUUUAUCUUUCAACUCUACAAUUGGAAGAGUGGCUAAAGUUGCCAUACAAGCUGCAGUGGAUGAUAUAAACUCCGACGCCAUGAUUCUGAAUGGAACUAAGCUUAAUAUUUCAAUACUGGACACCAAAUUAUCCACUGGAUUCCUAGGAAUCAUGGCUUCAUUAAGAUUAAUGGAGAAUGAUACUGUGGCCAUAAUUGGUCCACAGUUCUCGGUCAUGGCUCAUGUGAUUUCACAUAUUGCAAAUGAGAUUCAAGUGCCUCUACUUUCAUUUGCAGCAACAGACCCUACACUGACUUCACUGCAGUUCCCAUAUUUUGUUAGAACAACACAUAGUGAUUUGUAUCAGAUGACUGCUGUGGCAGAAAUUGUUGAUCACUUUCAAUGGAGAGAUGUUAUAGCCAUAUACGUUGAUGAUGAUCAUGGAAGAAAUGGGGUAGCUGCCUUAGGGGAUAAGCUAACAGAGAAACGUUGUAAAAUAUCAUAUAAAGUACCCUUUAGGCCAAAUAACAUAACCCGAGAAGAAAUAAACAGUGAAUUAGUUAAGGUAGCUUUAAUAGAAUCACGGGUAAUAAUUCUUCACAUAUACUCUACUUUUGGUCUAGAAUUACUUCAUGUGGCUCAAUCACUUGGCAUGAUGACAAGUGGUUAUGUGUGGAUAGCCACAGAUUGGCUUUCUACAGUGCUAGAUUCAGAUCCAUCAUUGUCCACUUCUCCAGCCAUGAAUGACAUCCAAGGUGUUAUCACCUUGCGCAUUCAUACACCAGAUUCAAACAUCAAAAAAACAUUUAUUUCUAGGUGGAAAAAACUGACCCAAAAAGAAGAUCCUAAUCAUGAUCCUUUUGGGUUAAAUAUCUUCGGUUUAUACGCAUAUGACACUGUCUGGGUACUUGCUCAUGCACUUGACGCAAUUUUAAAGGAUGGAGGAAAUUUAUCAUUUUCAAAUGAUUCAAGUUCAAACAUGUUAAAGGGGGACACCCUUCUCCUAGAUGCUAUGGGGGUGUUUGUUAAUGGUAGCAUGUUGCUUAAAAAAAUUUUAGAGGUCAACACAACUGGUUUAACAGGCCAAAUGUUGUUUGACUCAAAUGGAAAUUUAAUGCAUCCAGCAUAUGAAAUAAUUAAUGUGAUAGGAACUGGAAUUAGGAGGAUUGGUUAUUGGUCUGAAACCUCUGGUCUCCACACUGGUGAAGCUCCUAAUCAUUCCAAUUCUAGUGAAGGACUAUAUGGUGUCAUUUGGCCUGGUCAAACAACUCAAACCCCACGUGGUUGGACUUUUGGCACCAAUGGAAGACAAUUGAGAAUUGGGGUGCCACUUGAAGUUAAUUUUCGUGAGUUUGUGUCGAGAAUUGAGGGAACUGACAUGUUUGGUGGUUAUUGCAUAGAUGUGUUUACUGCUGCUCUAAACUUGUUGCCUUAUCCGGUUCCAUUCAAGUUUAUUCCAUAUGGUAAUGGUAAAAUCAACCCGUCAAGUUUAGAACUUCUUCAUUUGAUGACAAAUGGUGCCUUUGAUGCUGUGGUGGGGGACAUUACCAUUACUACAAACCGAGCUAAGAUAGUGGAUUUUACACAGCCAUAUGUUGAGUCUGGGCUAGUUGUUGUGGCACCUAUCAAGAAGUUGAAAUCUAGUGCUUGGGCUUUCCUCACACCAUUCGCUCCAAUCAUGUGGUUUGUGACAGGAAUGUUUUUCUUGGUGGUGGGAGCUGUGGUGUGGAUUUUAGAGCGUCGCAUAAAUGAUGACUUUAGAGGCCCUGCCAGAAGACAAUUAGUCACCAUUAUCUGGUUUAGCUUCUCAACCCUAUAUUUUGCACAGAGAGAGAAAACUGUGAGCACCCUUGGUCGUUUUGUGCUUAUCAUAUGGCUGUUUGUGGUAUUGAUACUGAACUCAAGCUAUACUGCAAGCUUGACCUCCAUACUAACCGUGGAACAGCUCUCUUCCCCAGUUAAGGGAAUUGAAAGCUUAGUAACAAGCAACGAACGCAUUGGUUUCCAAAGGGAUGCGUUUUCUGAAAAUUAUCUGACUGAUGAGCUAAACAUACACAAGUCAAGGCUUGUUCCUCUAACCUCCAUAUCAGAGUAUGAAAAGGCCUUGAAGGAUGGACCAGCUAGUGGUGGUGUUGCUGCAAUAAUAGAUGAGCGUCCAUACAUGGAACUCUUCCUAUCAACUAGAUGUGAAUUUAGUAUUAUUGGUCGAGAGUUCACUAAGAACGGAUGGGGAUUUGCCUUCCCAAAGGACUCUCCCUUAGCAAUUGACAUGUCCACUGCGAUCCUAAAACUAUCAGAGAAUGGUGACCUUCAGAGAAUUCACGACAAAUGGCUAACAAGAAGAGCUUGCAGCUCACAGGGUGCAAAAGAAAGCAUUGACAGACUUGAGUUAAAAAGCUUUUGGGGUCUGUUCCUACUGAGUGGUGCAGCAUGCUUCAUUGCUCUCCUUUGCUAUGUUACAAGAAUGGCCUACCGUUUUAGCAGACACUCAAAUACUAACCUUGAGGGCUCAUCAAACUCUACUCGUCUUCGAUCAUUUAUUUCCUAUGUCAAUGAAAAAGAAGGGGAAGACAAAAUAUGAGGCAUAACCUAUAGAAAGGUACUAGUGCAUGAACAUGGAUAUUUUGAUGACACGUGUGUUGGUGCAUGCCCAUGUUGAAAAUAAUGCCACUACCAAAGGUUAAGUACCAAAACCUGUGCUAUAGGUGUAGUUACACCAAUGACACCUAAUGUCUGGGAUCACCAGGUAAGUCAUGAUGACUUUAUGAGUGUGAUUAAAUCACUUGAAUGAAUGUUUACCAGCAGAUUACUCUGCACUUUUCUUCAUAACAAUAUCCAUGAAUGUUAUUAGAAGGUUUCCAACUAUUUUUUUUUAUUUAUCUAUCAGCAAAUGACAGACCUAUUAUAUUAUAAUAGAAGUGAA